AAUGUUGGAAAUGAAAAAGAAGAUCCUCAAUCACCGCCACAUUCACAUCUCAACGAAAUUUGUGACCUAAUUCCAUCCCAAAUCAUAAACUUAGGAGACAAGAUACCUAUUUUCCAAACUCCACAAUCACAAUUUUCAUUCCCUUAUGUUCAUUCAUUCAUGGCAAUCAUGAAAACACAAAUGAUUUUGUUAACAAAACAUACCAGUGUUAUCAUUUUGUUACUGAUUGUGUUGUUAUCAUUCACAUCGAACCUUAACAAAGUUUCAGCCGCUUCAGGAGGUGCUGCAGGAGGUAGUUUCUUUGAUUCAGAUUCAGAUUCAGAUUCAGAUUCAUCUUCUUCUUCUGAUUCAUUCACAAGUGACUCAUAUUCUGAAUAUGCAAAUGACCGGCAUCAUCAUGUGUAUGAUUCCCCUUCUCAUGAUCGUGUUGAACUUCCAAGUGGGCCUAUUUUGUUCUUCAUGGUUUUCACAGUUGGUUUGUUUGUUAUUGGAUUUUGUAAUCAAAACUUUAAUGGAAAUAAAGUUACUGUACUCAAAUUUCAGGUUGCAGUGUCGAGUGAUCCCGGAUGCACAAUACAAAGAGAUCUAACUAGGAUUGCAGACGCUGCUGUUACUUCCUCUAAGGAAGGUGUGAGCAAUUUAUUGAUAGAGACAAUACAAGCUUUGGAUAAAAAUCUUAGUUACUGUAUUGCUGGAUAUUCAUCUGUGGAUAUUAAAAAGAGCAAGGAGGAUGGACAAAAAUGCUAUAUCCAGCAAUCAAUUGAAGAAAGGGAAAAAUUUGAUGAAGAGACAUUAGUCAACUUGAACAACAACAAUAAGACACGUAUAAGAAGUCAGAGUAAUGAUAGUUUUAGCAAUGAAGAAACCAUGUUUGAAAAAUCAGUGAAUCCUGAAAAAGAGAACCUUCUCACUGGGCCUGAGAAGUACAUAGUGAUAAUACUAUUAGUAGCUGCUAAAGGAGUACAUAAGCUACCUACCAUUGAUGAACCUGAAGAUUUCAACGAAGCCUUCCAAAAGCUUAAAAACCUUCUCUAUGACAAAUUAUUAGCUGGUGAGGUGUUAUGGACCCCACAAAAAGAGGAUGACACCCUUUUAGAUCGUAAACUACGUAAAGACUACCCUCAGUUAGUUAAGUGUAUGUUUGGUUCUGGUAGAAAGAAUUGAUUUUGAUAAAAUUGGUUUUAACUAGACUAAUUUUGGUUAAAAGUGAGUUAAAUGUAAAUUGAUUUGUGUUUGGAUAUAUUAACAUAAUAGUGAAUUCGUAUUAAUUCAUGUUUGGA